AUGGAGACAUUGCGUGAUACCUGGCCGCGCGACAGCCGGCGAGCUGUGAAAGCCCUCAACAUCAUCAUAGUCGGCGCGGGUAUCGGCGGACUCACCUCUGCCAUAGCUCUCGCGCAGACCGGCCACAAUAUUACCGUCCUUGAACGCGUCUCGGAAAUUUCCGACAUCGGUGCCGGUAUCCAGAUUGCACCCAACGCCUCGCGAAUACUCCAUAGACUGGGUGCGUUGCAGGGUGUGAUGGAACGUGCCACUGUCCCGAGUAGUCUCAGCGUUAGGGGGUAUGCGAGCGACGACGAGACGACGACCGUUCCGCUCAUGCCUGAGACGGGGAUCAAAUACGGCGCGCCUAUGAGCGUCAUACAUCGCGGAGACCUUCAGGGUGUUCUUUUGAGCAGAGCUUUGGACCUUGGCUGCCGCGUGUUAACCAAUCACAAGGUCGUAGCCGUGGAUCAGUCCUUUUCUGCGAGGGUGAAAGUCCGUAUGGCUCCGACCGCUCGGGAGGCCUGGAUGUGUGCGGACCUUGUCAUCGCAGCAGACGGGGUGAAAAGUCGCGUCCGCCGACAAAUGAUGAACUCCAGAGGAUGCAAGGACGAGCCUGUCCCGACAGGGGACGCCGCCUAUCGUCUGCUGAUUCCCCGAAGUCGAAUUCUCAGGGACCCCCUGCUUCUCUCCAUGAUGGACCAGAACAUCGUUGUGAGAUACAUGGGGCCAGGUGGGCAUGUCGUAACCUACCCCGUGAGAAACGGCUCCUUUUAUAAUAUUGUUCUCCUUCACCCGGCCAAAGAGGGGACUUUGUCUGACGAUGCGUGGACAUCCAAGGGCAGCCGAGACGACAUGCUCCAAUUCUACGCAGCGUGGUCACCAGUCAUCCGAAGAUGGCUGGCACAUUCCGAUGAGGAUGUUCUGGAGUGGGUGCUCUACGUCUACCCCAGCCUGCCGACCUGGAUCCAAGGCCCGGUGGCGCUGCUGGGCGACGCCUGCCACCCGAUGCUCCCGUACGUCGCCCAGGGCGCCGCCAACGCCAUCGAGGACGCCGCCGUGCUGGCCACCGCGCUGACCUGCACGCCCAACGUCCCGCUAGCCCUAAAGAUGUACGAGGCCAUUCGAAAGCCGCGCGCGGAGAGGAUCGCGGCGGGUGCGACGGCCUCCGCCCGCGUCUUUCACCUGCCCGACGGUCCCGAACAGGUGGCCAGAGAUAGAUGGCCGGCCAACCCCGGCGCCGCGGCGCAGAACCCCGACAGGUUCAACAACCCGCAGUGGCAGGACUUCAUGUGGGGAGUCGACGUCAUGGAGGAGACGAUGCGCUUGUGGGCGAGACUCGCCAAGGUGCUCCCAUUGGAGACGUGUUACCCUCGCAUACGAAAGGCGUACGCGUAUACUCUGUACAUGGACAUUUCCCACGGCUGGCUGCUGAGCCAGCUACUACCUCGCCUAGGGGUCGGAAUUUCUCGAAGAUCCCACAAGAUGCACAUUCACAUCGCCAAGGACAUCGGGGAUUCCUUGGCUCUUGUCCGGAGUACUGAAUGCGGUUCGACACAUGGCGCGAGGGGGCGGCGCAUCUGCACCGUCCAGGAGACUCUCCUGCUCGAGUAUGGUGCAGCCUUUACCAGGCGAUGUAGAGCACCCUGGACGCCGCGGUCUUCGACUUCCCGGAUUUUGACUUCUUCAGCGGCGCAUCGCCAACCUGAUAUGUGA